AUGCAUCACCAUUCUCAUUUCUUGGGACUGAUUUCAAUCCAUAUCGACCCACUGUUGGAUGAUCAGCGAGUGUGGUUUUGCCAAUGGAUGCGUUGAAAUCGCCAGAUAUUAUUUUAAUCCAGGAAUCAGAUAUUUGACUAUAUUCCCGAACUCAUUGACUAUACUCCCGAACUCAUUGAAUACGUUUCAAAAUGGAGUCACGAAGCAGAAACGCGUCAAUGUAUAUCUUUACAAAAUCAAGAAUAUUUAUGUGAAGGAACAAGUCAAUCAGGUCCACUUCGACAUCCAGUUAUGGAAAUGGUUGGAAGAAUGCCAAAACGAGAAGAAUCGCAAUGUGCGCAAUGGCUUUAG